AUGAGGCAUAUGGACGAUGCCGACAGCACAGCUUUCCGACGCAGUAUGCACCAGUCGGGCCCCAGUGAAAGUUGUAGCGUAGAGCCUAACGCACACCAUGAAGAGAGUGUGCCGGAGAGUGUUACUAGUAAUGAAUACACAGAUCUGCAAGAAGACGAGCUCUUCGAGCGGUUCAAUACGGAUAUGUUUCCUGGAGCUGACCCGACAUCCUACUCAUUUCCAGCAACACUCCAGGCUUCCUUUCUCUACCCAAAUUUACAAGCUGUAGGACAUCCCAUGGCUUAUUGUCCUCUAACCGUACCUGGCCUGUCACCACUGGGCUAUGAAGACACUGGCGAUUUACCCACAACUCCAACAUCCCCUUUCUCGACCCUAGAGCCGUGUGUCAGCGGUUCUGCUCUGCCUCCUCCAAUCGCCUACCCAGUUUUUGAGUGUUCUACAUCUGGCAAAGGCUUGUCCGUUCCACUUCCAUAUCAACAGUAUUUUCCCUCACUGCUUUUGCCUGAUUCCAAUCAUACCACUAACCAAAACCGAAACCAAGAACAAAGCCCUAUACUCAGCAGUCCAUCUAAUAGAUCAUCAGAUUGCAAGCACAAAAAUGCUUCUAUUUCUCACUCUCAGUCUUUCCAGCUGCCACAUGCAUGCCUGCAGCAGGAUUUAGCCCCACUUGAUGCACUUCCCCCGCUCCUGUCCUUCUCCUUGCCAGUCCUUCCUCCAAAAGAGAACCACAGCCACUCUAUGUAUCCACCCGUUAUUCCUCUUCGGACUCAAGCCAACAAGGCGCUGUCUUUUGGAGAGCAAAGGACCAUUCGCUUUUGUUCGAGCCCUAAUGUAAGCAUUACUAAUUUAUCUGUUCUAUCACCAUCUGGGCUAUCUUCAUAUGUGCUAGAGUUGUUAGACUCUAACGCUUCUGUUAGCAACACAGCAUUAGAAAAGCUACAGGCUACUCUUAACGCCACAGAUCUCGUUCAUUUUGAAGACUUUUAUAUUAAUUUAUAUAACAUAAUCAUUGAAAAUCUUCUAAACCUUGCAAAGUCCCCAAAAGGCUCAUUAUUGAUAGUAGAUUUUGUGAAGAAAGUUGGCAAUGAAGAUCUGUACUUUAAUCUACUGAAUGCACUAUUCAGUCGUGCUAAGCUCCUAAUGAACAACCAACACUCUAUCUGGCUACUACAGUCUCUCUUAGAUGACUUGCCAGAUGAACAAUUUUUGUACUUCUGCAGUUACAUAGAACCAGAUUGCAUGGCGUAUUGCUAUCAUCGACAAGCAAACCACGUUGUACAGAAGGUCAUAUCCAUACUCGAGAGCAAAGCGUUCGUUUCGGAAAGGCACAGGGAGACUGCCAACAGGAUUUCCGCCAUCAUCCUCAAGGAUCCAUCCGAUUUCCUGGCCCUUAGUGACCAGAUGUGUGGCUGCAGAAUUUACCAGAAGCUUUUUCCUUUACUGAUAGACGAAGGUGAGCUAAUCAACAUCCGCAGUGUUUUGCUGGAAAAAUUUGUGUUUCUAUGCAAUAACCAGUGGGCAAAUUUCUGUAUUCAGGGGCUUAUAAAAAAUAAAAGGUUAAUCCACAGCAGUAUUCGGAAGGAAGUUGUUGAGCAGCUAACUAGAAACGCUAUACUGUUCUGUACGCACAAGUUCGGCUCACACGUCAUUGAGAAGUUUCUAGAGUGUUGCACUGUCAAAGAAAGAAUAGAUUUUUCCAUGUCCUUAUUCAUGAACCCAAAUUUCCCCAAUCUCAUGGACGAUUCUUAUGGGAAUUUCAUAGUUCAGAAGAUGCUUCAUCAAAAGGAAAGUAAGACUGAUGCACGGUUAGCCACGCUUCGGGAGACGUGUGGCAGGUUGUGCAAAUAUUAUCUUAAAAGGCAUAACUUCAAAGAACAGAGCAUCAAAAAUAUCAUGUGCUAUCUUAGCAAGUCCCUGAAGGGGCUCAAGGGUCUUGAGCCACUUUGUCCAGACAAGGUUUUAGAUAUAGCCAGGAAGCUUGAUACGAGCUCGUGGGUUUUCUGUGCAUAA